AUGAUCCCCUCCUGGCCGUGUGUUAACAACGACUCCAUUGAUGUUGAGAAAUUCGGAAUUCUGCAGAAUCAAGACCAAAAGUUCGUUGGCGGUCGAGAGUUUGCAAUUUUCUAUGAGCACAGCUUUGGCAAGAUUCCAUAUUUCAAGGGACAGAAUGUCAGUGAUCCACAGAAUGGAGGACUUCCGCAGCUCGGUGACCUGGAAGCCCAUCUAGUUGAAGCUGAAAAAAACAUAAAUGAAACCAUCCCCGAUGAGAAUUUCUCUGGAAUCGCCGUACUUGAUAUCGAGGAAUUCAGACCAAUGUGGGAACUUAGUUGGGGUGUUUUUGCGGUCUACAAAACUGAAUCAAUCCGUCUAACCCGCCAACAAUAUCCCUAUUGGUCUCAAAAACAAAUCGAAUGGCAAGCCGAAAAAGACUACGAGAAAGCGUGUCAAAAGUUUUUCAUCGAAACGAUUCGCCUCGGAAGACGGCUGAGACCAAAUGCCAAAUGGGGCUAUUAUCUCUUCCCAAAGUGUAACGGAGACGUCGGACAAAAAUUCGAGACGGAUUGUUCAACUCUUUUCCAAAAGUUCAAUGAUAAGUGA